ACACAGCAGAGGGCUGAAGUCAUCAGUGGGCCGACAGGAGGGGAGUGAAUGGUGAAUGCGUCCCGCACGCAGAGCUGACAAGCGCUGAAACUGCGGAGGUUUCGUUUGGUUCAGUUGCCAGCCGCCUACCGCGCGCCAGACGAGAGGUCUCUGCUUUGACAGUUAACAGAACUAUAUGAAACAUUUCAAUUAGAAAUUAAUUUUGCAAGUUAUUCGUGGCGGCUUCUUCUUCUUCUUUUUCCUGUUUUCUAUUUUUUUGGAGGGGGGUAUUUGCCUCAGCUGAUGCUGAGAUGAAGCCGAGACCCUCCGCGCGCCUGACGCAUUAAGGUGUCCACACGCCGGGACGCGCCGCGCAUCCGAGCGUGGGAUCAUUUGGAGUUCUACAAAAAGGAUAUACAUAUAUAUAUAUAUAUAUAUAUAUAUAUAUAUAUAUAUAUGUAUCAAACUUUUAAAGAGUCAAUGUCAAUUGUAAUUAAUAAUUCUUUAUUUCUCUCCUGAACAAUACUGAUGUUUGGUUCUCCCUGGAGCGCGACGGAUGAAAAUCGAGCUUUUGGUGUCUGUUUGUUUUUUUGUUUCAUUUCCCUGGAGGGAAUGCUCUCCAUCACGACACGGAUAAAGGAUCCCUGAGUCGGUCCGGCUUUUUUUUUUGGCACGCAUGAAGACCCUCUGCAAGAUGUUACUAUUCCAGCGGCCCUGGCAUCAUUGGGCCACCGUGCGCUACCAUCCCCACAUCACACCACCUAGCUGGGGGUCCUGCUCUUUCUAGGAAUUACCAACCCUGCACUUUCUGCCACCGUCUCGGGGGGAGAAGGAGAAAAGAAAUAACGGAAUCUUAUCCAAUAGGUGUUUUGGUGAACAUUGACAUUAGCGUAACGAGUCUCACCUCUGGGCUACUAUGCAAUUACAACUGAUCUCCUUUGUUUUGAUCAUCUGGCACUGCAUGGAUUACUCGGGUUGUCAGCAGCACAGCAGCUCCAGGCACCGGCAACACAAACAGAUCUCUGGUGUGAGCUCAGGCUGCCAGCAGGGUGGCUGUCUGACCUGCUCGGACUACAAUGGCUGCCUGUCCUGCAGGCCGCGCUUCUUCAUGCACUUGGAGAGGAUUGGGAUGAAGCAGAUCGGGGUGUGCAUGACUUCCUGUCCCCCGGGCUUUUAUGGCACACGAUCCCCAGAAAGAAACACCUGCACAAAGUGCAGGUUGGAGUGCGACUCCUGCUUCAACAAGAAUUUCUGCACGCGCUGCCGAGCAGGAUUCUACCUUCACCUGGGCAAGUGCCAGGAGAACUGCCCCGAGGGGCUGGUCCGCAGUGACACGCAGAGGGAGUGCAUUCAAAGGUGCCCUGCAGAGUGUGAGUCAUGUGUGAGCGGUGACACAUGUACACAGUGCCGGCCGGGCCUGUACCAGCUCAGUGGGAGGUGCCACCAUGUCUGUCCAGAGGACUACGAGCCCAAUGACAAACUCAUGGAGUGCACGCCACAAGUGCACUGCGAAGUGGGCGAGUGGAGCGAGUGGAGCCCCUGUUCUCGGCCCGGCAGAACCUGCGGCUUCAAGCGGGGCCAGGAGACCCGCACACGGCAGGUCCUGCAGUAUCCAUCGCCCUUCGGUAAACCCUGCCCUGAGAUCUCGGAGAUCAGAGAGUGUCUGGUCAAGAGGAGGAAGUGUCCAGGAGGACGGAGGCAGACCAACGAGCAAAGAGAGCGGAGAAAUCGCAACAACCGCAAGGACAAGGAGAACCCAGAGGGGCGACGAGAGAGGAAGAGGGACAGGGAGAGAGAGAGGGAGCGACACCCUGUCGACCGCGAGGACUCUGACAACAGGAACAAAACGGAGCACAGGCACCGGAGAGGCCACGACACGGCACCGGUCUCCCCCGAAGAAGGCCUCGUACAGUAGUGCUCUUACCACCUUCCUCCUGCUCUCCUCUCCUUCUUCUUCAUCCUCCAAAAAACUUCCCCACCCUCACCCACUGUUUGCCCACCUCGCCCCCUCUGUGCAGGGGUGUUGCUGCUACCUGUAUGAUUUGAAAAUACUGUUUGUGCACAAAACGGGCUUGGGCACAUUUCAGGCACAAGGCUCGGGCCACUCUGGACUUUAAAAAAAAAAAAAAAAGAAGGUAUAUCUUACCACCCUGUAGCCUCUUCUCCUUCACUUCCACCACUGAGAGGUGGUCUCUGUUGAAAGGUGCGGGAGACCCUGCUGAGACUGCUGUCGGGACUGAAGAACAAAGUGAGAACUGUCUGCGGCUGUGCAUUGGACUGGCGGACAGACGUACAGAGAGACACAGACAUUACACUAUGUGCUUGUUGAUAUGGUUAUUUAAUGGGGCCGUGGUACAACAUUUGCGCGUCUUGGUUUUUUGAAUGUAGAUUUUUUUCCAACAUUAUGUAGAACUAUCGUCGCUCCCGUUCUUUAGAUCUCUUUAUUUUAUUUGGUGCAGAAUUUGUAAAAGAAAAAAGAAAAAGUGCAGUUUGUUCUUACCACCUUGUGACAUCUUCGUAACCAUCACUGCGAACGACAGAUGUGGGAGAACCUGCAUGCUGUGAAUCAAAGGAGUGAGGUGGGGGAAAAAAACUGAAAACUAUUAACACGUGUUCUGUAUGUGUCGGGACAAAAGCUAGUUUUAUCCAGAUAAGUGAUGAAUCUAAUCUACCACUGGUUUUUCUUCAUGUAAAUGAAAUCUGUGCUCUCAGUAAAGCUCGUCGAACUAGGAGCCAACAGCACCUGUAUGUCAAAUAAAACUAUAAUGGGUUUGUA